AUGGCGGAAGAUGUGGAAGGUUUCGAUUCAGCCGUGCAAAACGCUUGCCAAGUUUUUGGCGUGGAAACACUGUUCCCCGAACAGUUCAAAGCGCUUAAAACGUUUGUUUAUGGUACUGACGUCCUUCUGAACUUGCCAACGGGGUUUGGAAAGUCUCUUGUGUUCCAGAUGGCUCCUUUAGUUCACGCCGAGUUAUCACGAGGCCGCGAUGGAUUUGCAGCGAACCCAGUAAUAAUUAUAAUAUCCCCUUUAGUGAGCCUCAUGGAAGAUCAAACAAGUUACUUACGGAAAUGUGGCAUCUCAGCUUGCUCGAUAGGAGAGGAUAAGGUACUUGACAUGAGGAUUGAGAAAGGAGAGUGCUGCGUGGUAUUUUCUUCGCCGGAAUCCUUAUUAGGAAAUGGUAGGUGGCGAAGCAUGUUAUCUUCCGACGUUUACCAGAAGAAUUUAAUUGGCAUCGUUGUGGACGAAGCACAUUGUAUUAGCCAUUGGUAA